AUGUUCUCGAAAAUCUUUUCGAUUCUCCUUGUCAUCACUCCUCUUUGGACUUCUCCAACUCCUCCAACAGGCAAUGUCCCAGUCACUCCAGAAAUCAACCCUGGUCCAACCACGAAUGCCUGUGAAUGUCCUGUGAUUCCCGAUUUGCAAAGUCUUGAAUGUAUUUUGGAUUGGAUCUCUCACGUAAAUAUUCUCAAGAAAGAAACAAAAACGGUGAAUGGAACAACUUUCAAUCAAUUCUCUAUUCAACAUCUUCAAAUCUUCAAGGGAGUUGACCUUCCCAACGUUCUCAUUGUUCCCGAGGGUCCAUGUGGAUUAGAAUUGGAGGCUGAUGUUCAAUAUCUUCUUUCAGGCUUGUUGACUGGAGAAUCGAAUCUCUAUGCUGGUCUCUGUCUUCAAAUCCUUAACGGGGUUGUUUCUCCCGUUUGGACAUUAGUUGAUGAGGGUCUGAUCGUUCAACUCUUGAAUCUUGUGGGUAAUCUUGUUUGCAAUCUUCUUGAAGGACUUCUUGGACCGAUUCUCGAUGAGCUCAUUACAAUCCCUUCACUUCUAAACGGAAUCACUAAAGGCGGACUGACCGGAGACUUG